UCGUGCAAAAAUGGGGUCGAUGGAAGAGAAAGGAGCGAGGUCACGGCACCCCUCCCUUCCCCCCUCCAGUCCUCCACUCAUUUUCUUUUGGAAGUGCUGGAAGUCCUGUAGACACGCUGUAGAUCAGUACACGAUAUUUGAGCAUGGUAAUUGCUGACCACGCCCUUGUGAUGCAGAUUACAACAGUUUCACAUUGUGGAAAAUGAAUGAAGAUUGCGGUCUUUAUUGCACAGGCGCAGCUGGUUCAUUCGUCUUGUGGAAAUAUGUUGGGGGUUGAUAAGUCAACAGUCAGUCCCCGUUCAAAACUCACUACCUGUGGAACCGUGGAAAGGAUGUCCCUAAUUAUUUGUGGUCAGUGCGUAGUAUGAUUAUUUUUCGACAUACAUAAGAGUCACAUCCCAGCAUUGACUCGGCUAUCUUUCAUGCUUUACUGGCAAUUGGAAAAUUGCUUUCAUGGAAUCGUCAAAGCUGGCAACCCUGUAUGUUCAUGGUCUGUGGAGCCAUUUGCUGGACAAAAAGUUCAUACCAUCUUGCAACGAUUACAACAAAUAUUCUGCUUACCCUGCUCACCCCUUGAUUCAUUACUUCGAGAAACUCACAGAGUUUAUGCUUGUAGAAAGCCAUGUUGGUGGAAAUAAGCUACUUGAAGAAGUGCACAGUUGUUGUUCUGCUGAUUCCAUCUGUGUUAACAAUAAGAUGUUUCUCGGCUACCACGCCAAGAGACACCAUCGCGUUCAAUGAAUCUAUUUCUGAUGGGCAGAACCUUGUUUCUAGUGACAAGAAAUUUGUGCUUGGAUUCUUUAGCCCUGGAGCUUCAAGCCACCGAUAUAUUGGUAUAUGGUAUAACAGUAUUCCAAAUGGAACGGUUGUAUGGGUUGCUAACAGGAAUGAUCCAGUACAUGAUAAGUCCGGUGUACUUAAGUUUGAUGAUGUCGGUAAUCUGAUAGUCCAAAAUGGCACAGGCAGCUCGUCUAUAGUUGCUUUUGGUUCUGGGGUGGGAGUGAGGGACAGGGAGGCUGCAAUACUGUAUACUGGCAACUUGGUGCUAAGGAGCAUGGCCAACCAGUCAAAUAUCAUAUGGGAUAGCUUUACCUAUCCUACUGAUACAUGGCUCCCUGGAACGAAUAUUACACUUAGAAAUUUGCUGAAAUCAUGGAAGAGCUAUGAUGAUCCAGCAACAGGAGAUUACACUUUUGGUUUUGGACCGAGCAUAGUUAAUACAUCAGCAUCACAAUUCAUUAUUAACUGGAAUCGGAAUUCAUUUUGGACAAGUGCAUCCUGGAAUAGUGACACGAAUUCUCUCAUUCCAGAACUGAAAUCUAUGAGUAUCAUCCCUGUUUCAUUUCAGUGUGACAACCUUACAUGCAUGUACACUCCCAACCCUGCUGGCAUAAUGACUAAGAUUGUUUUGGAUCAAAGUGGUUCACUGAACAUAACACAGUUCAAUCCGGAAACCAGAUUGUGGACAUUGUUAUGGAGACAUCCAGAUAGUUGUGAUGUGUCUAAUUUAUGUGGAGUUAAUGGUGUAUGCAACAACAGUAUGUCCGUAUCAGCAUCAGAAUCCAUUUGUCGGUGUCCAGAAGGAUUUGCAGCACAACACCAAUCAAAUUCCAGGAAAGGGUGCACCAGACAAACCCCACUGCAGUGUAAUGGUGAUAGGUUUAUUGAUAUGCUUAAUAUGACAGUUCCUGGCAACAGACAGAAGCUGUCAGUUGUGGAAAAAAGUGAAUGCGAAUUUGCCUGUAUGAAAAGUUGCUCUUGUACGGCAUAUGCUCAUUCGCUCUCCGAUGGUUGCAGCUUAUGGCAUGGCAAUCUAACAAACUUGCAGGAUGGAGUUGAAACUCUUCAUCUUCGUAUAGCUGCAUCAGAAUUACAUGGUCACAAAAUGCUUUGGAUAGCGUAUGUACUUCCGCCAGUUGCAUUCCUUGUCUUUUGUCUCAUCUCUUUUAUUUGGAUUAGGAGAAGGAAAAACAAAGGGAAAAGAAAACAGCCUGAUCACCCCCUCAUCAUGGCUUCAGAUGUGAUGAAGCUUUGGGAGAGCGAAGACACAGGCUCUCACUUUAUGAUGCUUUCCUUUUUACAGAUAGAAAAUGCCACAGACAACUUCUCAACUGAAAACAAGCUUGGGGAGGGAGGGUUUGGCCUGUGUACAAGGUUAAUUGUGUUCUUUAGUUUUGUUCGCUAAUAUGUUUGCUAGAAUUUCAAGACGAAUGGGUGCUAAUUAUAAUAAUUUAUUCUUAAG